AACAAACUCACCCUCUCGUUUCAUUCCGGCAGCCAGACACCUGGCCAUCCGACAGGCUUGACACUGAUUGCGUCGUUGAGCGUCGACCGGACACCUUCCGCCAGCUCUGCAGACAUAGGCAGCCGCUUUGCGGACGGACCUCUUGAAGAAGCUUUUACAGCCCUCGCAAGUGUACUGACCGUAAUGCUUGCCGGAGCUCCGGUCUCCGCACACCUUGGGGAACCCAAUUCGGAGAUGGGAAGACAGGGCAGAAAAAUGAUAUAA